UAUUGAACAGCAUGAAGAGCCACAUUAUUCCAUUACUGCUCCUACUUGGAAUCUUUUGUGCGGUGCUAAUUGCUGCCCAUCCGCACGACACUCCUGUAUUUCCAGAGGAGUCUAGCUAUGAUAUCCUGGAGGAAUCUGGCAGUGGGUACAAGAGCGCCGAAGAAUUCAUGAACGCAAUGGACGAUCUGGUCAGACGAUGGCAGGAGUACGACACAGCUGAAAAUUCAACUGACUACUACGAUGGUGAUUACGAUGAGACGACUUUAAAUUCGAUCGAUUUGUUACCAAGCCUGUAACUUAAUUGUGAAUUAUUAAUAUUAUUUAAUAAUUUAAUAACUGUCUGAAAUAUUAAUUUAUCCCUUCCUAUUGUUUGUAAAUAAACUAAUACUUAAAAUUACAAUAAAGAGUACCUUUUUUAAUCAGCCUAA